CGCGACUCCGCGCACGUCUGCCACAACUAGGAGCUUGAUCGUCACGUAGAGUGGUAGGCUCAGUCCGUCGAGGAUGUCUUAUUGAUACUUGGACAAUUCAUGAAUAUUUUGGUGAUUCGGUGAUAAAUAUUAAGUUCAUCUGUAUCCCAGUUUUAAUGAAAUUAAAUUUUGGAGACUGAGCGAGAUUGAGUUUAAACAGAAGAAACACAGUUUCAGCAACAGCAACGUAAACAAUCCGGUCAAGAUUACUGUGGUUUAAACAAGGAAGAACAACUCAUCAUUUCAUUAAAUGAGAAACAUCGACGCGCCUUCCAGUUUCUCAGACAUCGAUGCAGAAGACAUCGAUCAUAUCCAGCCCUGUGAUGAGUUGUCCCCUCUAGUAACACCGAGGGGCCUGCCGUAUGGACGGUCAGGCCAGGAAACCUGGUCGUGUGCAUGGGCCCCAGACAACUCGUUCUUUGCCUGGUCCUGUGGCUCCCGCACUGUACAACUUGUUCCCUGGGACAAAAACACAGGACAUCUGACUUCUGAAGCUAAGGAAUACAACAGUUGUGCUGAAAGAAGACAGAGAUUAGUGAAUCAAAUAAGCGAGGAACACCUGACGACCCUACGACUGAUUGAGGAUCUGGUAAAACAGGACAGAAAUGAAGGCAGCAACAAGCAACAAGUUAAAGGACGAAGAGUUCCCCGAUCCAUUGACUGUGGAGGACACAUCUCUGCCGUGGCUUUUGGUACAGGAACGUCAAAGCAUGACUAUCAAUCUGUGUGGAAGAGAUUCAAGUUUGAUGAUGUCCUGAUACUUGCCACAGGGUUACUGAGCGGAAAAAUAAAAACCUGGGACUGCAACACAGGUAAUCUGCUGAUGGAACUAAGUGACCACAGAGACAGUAUCAAGGAGAUCAACUUUGCCCCAGACAGAAGCUUGUUAUUUGUUUCUGCUUCUCGCGACGGGACACUGAAGGUUUGGGAUCUCAAUGAUGAUGGAAAUAUGACAAAAACUUUACGAGGGAAAGCAUCAGUGGCCAACUCCUGUAAAUGGUCGCCAAACUGCAAGAUGAUCGCCAGCGUCGGCAACAAUAAGUCUGUGGCAUUGUUUGACAUGAGUCAUGAGAAUAAGUUUACGCAACUGAAGGGUCAUUAUAACGAUGUGUGUUCCUGUGACUUCUCCCCGGACGGGGCCCUUCUAGCCACCGCUUCCUAUGACACCCGGGUUAUUUUGUGGGACCCUUACACGGGUGACGCCAUAGCUGAGUUGGGACACAUGUUCCCAGAGCCACGCCCAAUAUUUGCUGGAGGUGCCAACGACCAUUACCUGAGGGACGUCAGCUUCUGUAACAACGGCUUACAACUGGUCACUGUCUGUGAUGAUGGCUACAUGCGAGUGUGGGACCUACAGGACACCAGUAACCCGAUGAAUGUCGCCAAUCACAGCAAUGCCCUGUGCUGUUCAGUCUCCCCGAAUGGACACACCAUCGCUGUAGGUGACAGGGACGGAGGUGUAGCGUUCUACAGGACCCCCAACAAAGUGGCCAGUCUACAGCACCAGACACGUCGCACCAUCCGCACACUUGUACCAUCCAAUAUCAUCGACCAUCUCCAUCUGCCACUCCGCAUCAAGGAGUACCUCAAGUACCAUGCCAUCUAGGACUAUGUUGUGACUAAGAGUACGAUAUCUUUUAGGACUGGUACCAAGGGAACUACACCAUCUAAGACGAAGCCGUGUUCCAGGAGAACUUUACUGUCUAGGAUCAGUUACUGCACCAGGGCAUGCACCAUCUUCAGCAUUUCUACAGUGGCAGACUUCAUAAUUUAUCAGUGAAGAACUUCUUUAUCUGUAGAACUUUCUAUCACGCCACAGCCAUUCCACAAGUUCAACUAUUCCCAAAGUGUACAUUUUCAAGAUGCAUAUAUAGCUAUCAACCCUCCAACCCUCCCUCACUAGGAGGGAGACUCCCUCAUGUUGACCAAAAUUUACCAAUCUUUCUUGAAACUCCCUUAUUCAAGUCCAAACUCACACAAACUCUAAAUCUACAUCCUGUGGUCAAUGAUCUCAUGUAGCUAGUUACUGCUGGGUGUGUGUAAUGAUCAUAACAGGUGUGUCUGAAUCACAUGGAUGCUUUUUGGACUUAUUUGAAAGCAUAAAAAGGGAAAGAUCAAUUGAGCAAAGCAGUUUUAGUUCACAUUUUACACACUUUCUCCCGCAGUGGAAAUGAGGAAUGAGGGAGAUCUCCCUCGUUGAAGAUAUGUUUCUAUAGUGAGAGGCUUUUCAGCAUCAAGAGCAAAUUAUACACAAGCAAGUUUUCUACCACAAAUACUUCGCAUUUUCAUUCUUAAAAGAUCUGAUUCACUGUAAUAUUGAUUUUUGCACUUGAAUCUAAAUCAUAUAAAAAAAUGUUUUAGAAUUAAGCAUAAUACUAUCAUAUUUUGUAGUAUCUUUAUAUACAAACCAAUGUAGCAAAAACAGCUUCUUUAAUACAACAGUAAAAGCUUCUAUAGUUCAUUGCAGUUGUCAAUACAUUUAGUAUUAUUCCAUAUGACAGGCAAGAGAUAGCCUAUGAUGAAUAGAUGUUGAUUUUGUAAGAUAUACAUGGCUUGAUGUACUCUAGCAAAUGUGUUAGCUACAAGUGUGUAUUCUGAUUAGCUUUAAGUAUUACUACAACAUAUGUACCUCAAUAUAUUUGCCGUUACACCUUUGGUUAUCAUGUUUUGAAUGGUUAGCUCAACUAGCCAAAAGCCCAAGUAAGCUUCUCCCAUAGUGUGGCAUCUAUUGUCUGCCAGGAUUUCCUAGUCCAGGAUGGCUGAAAUCUUUUUGACUUAAUAUGACUAAUAGAAUCUUCCCCUACUCUGAGGGUGUGACAGGGAAAUCUCCAACCCGAGCGAUGAUGUUUUUUGGUUGUCGAACAAUGGAACACGUGCUACUCGGCACGAGGCUAUCUCCCCCUAGGGGGUGACGACAAUCUUAUCUUUCCCGGCUAAAAUUGGAUACACACCUGUGAAGGGUGGGAGAAAUGAAGUAUAUCUUUGCAAAAGGGAUUCAAUUUUGGUGUGAAGUAGCCCUAGGCCAAGGGGAUUUGAUGUUCAUAAACCAUGGAUGUGCAGUGUGGACAGAGGGCUGGGUCAAAAAAUGGGAAAAGGUUUAAAAGACUACUGUACAUCCAUAAUUAUGGUUUGUCAGAUUUUAUCUAUAUUUCACACGAGGCAAUCAGAAUCAAGGCGAUUUAGGGGAUAUAGAAGUAUGGUCAAUAAGGAAACGAGGAAUUAUGGGUAAACACUCAAGCUAUAUACCAAAAGAUUGGGUUGUCACAGUCCAUAUUAAAUAGUGGCAUACAAAGUGUUUAGCCUGUUUUCUGCUUGUAUAUUAACAUGUUCAUUUGUCUAGUGAGGUGAGCUGUUCAGAUUUAUGUGCCUUUUAUCAUGCAAUUAUUAUCAAAUGUUCCCAUGAUGGGAAUUAAUGUCCUCAAGCUUUAAUAAGGCAUUUGAAGCUUGAGUAUGAAUAAUCAAUUAGUGUCCUCGAGUUUGAAUUUUUGUACUCGGAACUGAUGUUUUAAAACUCUGUGUUCUGUUUAUUUUAAAUGUAUUUAGUAGCAUUUAUGAAAAAAUACAUUAAGCUGUUGAUCUGGAGCAAACUGGAUUUGCUUAUAUCUUACUUUGAGUUUUAAAAAGAAAAAAGAAAUCUCUGUCCAAGAUAUGACUAUAACUUGUUCCCCUCUUCUGUACAUAAUAUACCUUGCAUUGUUAAAACCAGAAGGUAACCCUCUCCUGCUUAUAUCAUUAGCACUGGUUAGUAAGUCAGACAAUCUUGAAACUUAAAGGUUUAUAUAGCCUUGAAGCAAUUAACUCAUUGGGUCAGGUCCAAUAAAAAUCUUAUAAUUGUGAUAUUUCGUUAAUUUGCAAAUGAUAAAACCAUGGUUUUCAGCUCAUCUGGUGCGCAUAUGCCAUAGUACAAUGUCUGUUGUGCAUCAACAUUUUCCUUUAAAAUUUUACAUCUUCUGAUUGACAGGUUGGAUUUCAAACAAAUUGGUUAUGAUGCAUCCUUGGGACCCGAGAAUCAAAUGUGUUACGGAAAGUUAUGACUUUGCACUUCUCGGGUUCAAUACUCGAAAAUUUGUGGAUUUCAGCCUUCAAAAGCCUACUCCUUCUGAAGGACUAUUCCUGUUCUUGUUCUGAAACACCAAUUGUUACAUGUAAUUUUCUUAGAACUAAGUCCCAGGGGUAGGGCAGAACCUGAGGGUUAAUUCUGGUAGCAUGGAUGUAUUCAUCUCUUCAUGCCCGCUAUGUUUCCUUGUACAGACUCUUUUGAUAUACAAAUGUCAUAUUUGAUAGAUUUUAAAAUCAAUAUUUCCAGGUGAGCUAUGGGCCCUUCAGGGCCUCUUUGUUAUAAAUAUUGUGCUAACAAAAAUUUGACUUAAAUGUUUGCACAAAGAUGACACUGGUACUAUCUUUCUUAAUUGAAAGCAGCAUUAGUUUAUUUGUAUAUAAUCUGUUAAAAAAGUUCAGUUGCUUGUUUUUUCUCCACAAUUGUCGUACUACUUAACAAUCAAAUACCUAUCAGCAUUCUGUUAUUGGGUAGCGCAAGGUUUUGAAACUUAGUAAAUAUUUUGUGUUUUUUUAUGAGAACAUGUAUUUACCGCUUUACAAUCACUACUGUAGAUUCAUUUAUUUUUGUUGGGUUAAAAUUUCAUGGUUUUCAUAAUUAUUCUAACCGGUUUCAUGGACAUUAUAUUUCGCUGAUUUCUAAGUUCCCCUAUCUAUAUCAUACCAAAUUUAUGUUUUCGUGGGGAUUUAAUUUCGUAGAUUUUUGCCCCACCAAAAUUUAUGAUUUUACAGUAUGUACAAUGUAUUUACCACUUACAAUCACUAUGUACAACAUAUUUACCACUUACAAUCACUGCUACUAGCAUAUCCACUCAGCAUUUGGUGGUUCAUAAGAAAGCGACAUUUUUUUAAAAUUUAAUUUUUUAGUUUUUAAUCUGACAUUGGGUGUGUUUCUCUGCCUCUCUCCGGGCUGUUCAGUUGUAAUUGCUGAAUGUUUGCCUGAACAGUCUUCCUCUGGACAAUUUGGAGUUAUCUCCCCUUUCGUUUUUGAUUUACAAUCACUAAAUAAUUGAGGGUGGUGGGGUUGUGCAGUGGAUAGCAAACUUGCCCUUCUCCAAAACAGCCAUGGUUUGAUCACUGAAAAAGUAUUGGGUCACCUGCCAAAUGACAGGGUUUUCCUUGGUACUCCAGUUACCUCCCACAUUAAGACCCCCUAGAGUAUAUAUGCUGAUAAAACUUGUUUUGAAGGAAAUAUGAAGUUUAUUACAGUAUUGAAAGGAUUGUAAUUUAAAAUUCUUUGGUAGAAAACUGUAUUAAUAUAACAAAGGAAGCAUUUCCCAAAUUUGGUAUUGGAAUUAAACAAGGAGGCCGUUUUCAAUGAUAGAGUACCAUUGAUUGAUCUUUAGGUCACCUGAGACAAAGUCUGAAGUGACCUAUUGCGAUCGCCUUUUGUCCGUCGUGCGUCCGUAAACAAUUUGC